AUGGACUUCGCUCCCCCGGAACCCCCUACUGAACUCGGUCGAUACCGCAUUCUUUCACCUAAAUGCGGUCUCCGGGUAUCACCGCUCCAACUGGGCGGUAUGUCGAUUGGCGACGCCUGGUCGGGCUUCAUGGGCAGCAUGAACAAGGAGCAGGCCUUUGAGCUUCUGGACGCUUUCGUCGCUGCGGGCGGGAACUUCAUCGAUACGGCCAACGAUUACCAAAAUGAGCAGUUCGAGGCUUGGUUAGGCGAGUGGAUGAAGCUGAGGGGUAACAGAGACCAGCUCGUCAUCGCAACCAAGUUCACUUCCGAGUGCAGAUCUCAUGCUUCUACCAAGUUGCAGACCGACAUCGAUAUCUUGUACCUUCACUGGUGGGACCACACGACAUCGAUAGAAGAGGUCAUAGACAGCAUACAUACACUUGUCGACCAGGGUAAAGUCCUCUACCUAGGAAUUUCUAAUACCCCAGCGUGGAUCGUGGGCGCGGCAAAUACCUACGCCAGUCUGCAGGGCAAGACCCCCUUCUGUAUCUACCAAGGCCGGUGGAACGUCAUGAACCGCGACUUUGAGCGCGAGAUCAUCCCGACGGCCCGCCACUUUGGCAUGGCUCUGGCUCCCUGGGACGUUCUCGGCGCGGGCAAAUUCCAGAGCAAAAAGGAGCUUGAUGAACGCAAGAAGCGGGGCGAGAGCCUGCGCAGCCUCUUCAGCGGCGACAUGACGGAGUAUCAGACCGCCGAGGAGGUGCGCAUGAGCGAGGUUCUGGCCGAGGUGGCCGCAGAACACGGCAUACAGUCCGUCACAGCGAUUGCACUCGCGUAUGUGUUGAGUAAAACGCCGAACGUCUUCCCGCUCGUGGGUGGGAGGAAGGUGCAAUACUUGGAGGAUAACAUUCAGGCGCUGAAUAUCAGGCUGACGGAAGACCAAGUGCGUCGGUUGGAGGCUGUGAGGCCGUUUGAUCCCGGGUUUCCGAGCAACUUCAUCGGGGCGGACCCAAAGGUUUCGGGUCAGCCCAGCGCUCUGCUAUCUCGAGCUGGGCCUUUGGCGUUUGUGCAAAGCUCGAGAGCUAUUGGAUACGAGGCAUGA